AUGGUUUCUUCGGCCAAGCUCGUGGGUCUGGCCACUUUAGUGUCGACCGCGAUAGCAAAGCCGGCUCUGAGGGUUCGAGGUGACACCCCUCAGUACUUCGUUGAUCCGGCUACGACGCAGUAUUGCACAUGGUACCAUGACAAUGCCGACGGAGCGAUAACCUGUAACGAUGUUCCUGGGGCGUAUGGAGCCUCGUGGGAGGACUUCCUUCGAUGGAACCCUUCUGUUGGCAGCAAUUGUGCCGGCUACAGUCCCUUCCAGUCCUACUGCGUAGAAGCGUUUGGCGAACCCACAGUGAUUACGAGCACAACUCAGUCUUCGACUCGAUCUUCAGUCGCCCCGUCCUCGACCGGAAACGGCAUCACCACCCCUCUACCCACGCAGCCGGGCGGCAUGGUUACAAACUGCAACAAGUUUUACCUUGUAAAGACAGACCAAGGGUGCAACGAAGUCGCUUCUCUGAACAACUUGUCCUUUCAGCAGCUUCUCUCUUGGAACCCCGGCGUCGGAUCCAACUGCGAAGGUCUUUGGGCGAACGUAAACGUGUGUGUAGGCGUAGUCGGGUUCACGGCUACACCCACACCUACACCGUCCAAGACAUCGUCCCGUCCUACAACACCGACGCCUACCAAUGGCGUCCAGACUCCAUUGCCGACUCAGCCGGGAAUGGUGAGCAACUGCGACCGCUUCUACUUCGUCCAGUCAGGAGACGGGUGCCAGAAUAUCGCAAAUGCCAACUCGAUCACACUUGCGAACUUCGUCGCAUGGAAUCCCAACGUCAAGAACGACUGUAGCGGCCUGUGGGCUAAUGCAUACGUCUGCGUGCGGGUCAUUGGUUUCGUACCACCCACGCCGACCACCAGUCGCACCACUCCAUCGACUACGACGCGCGGCAAUGGCGUCACUACCCCGACGCCUACUCAGGUCGGAAUGGUCAGUAACUGUAACAAAUUCUACUUCGUCAAAGCAGGCGAUAACUGCGAGAUCAUUGCGAGUGCGCAGAAGAUCACAGUCGCAAAUUUCGUGAGAUGGAACCCGGCAGCGAAGAGCGACUGUACUGGACUGUGGUCUAACACGUAUGCCUGUGUGGGGACUUUGUAG